AUGGAGUUGGUCAUAUUUUUGGGGGCUAUUAUAAUUCAAGACAGGAUUGAAGAAUGCUCUUUUGUCGAUACAAAUUUGUUGCUGAUAAAUGAUCAUACAAGCGUUUCUGGAUCAAUUGUCACUGUUUCUGAGAUCCAUGACGAAGUAAUUAUAUGCCAAGGGUCUACCACAAAGUGUGAAUCAUUUGAUGGUGACGUUUCAGUUGCCAUCGCACCAACAAGACUGGAACACCAACAUGCACCAAUGUGUCAAUAUGAAGGACAGGCUGUUGUAAUUGCUGGUUCAGGAACUGAAACCGUUGAAGCGCUUCAAUUCAGUGGUUGGCAACUCGAGCCGUCCCAUCCAUUAGGAAAACUCUACUGGACAGAGUUCGAAAUUCCCGCGAACUUUUGCGGGGCAUCUUGCACGUCUCUUGAUGAUGGCAUUAUUGUCGCUGGAGGAUAUUCAGCCGCGGAUGGAUUUUUUAAAGAUGUCUACUUAUUUCGAGAGGAGCUGUGGAAGAAAGUUGGCGAGCUGAACCAUAAAUAUGGGUAUGCCUCAAUGAUCAAUUACGGUACUUAUUUCUUGAUUUUUGGCGGAGCUUAUGAAGAUUUGGUUGUCGAAAGAAUAAAUUGGGAUGGCGAAAAAAUAACUUCGACCGAAAAAAUUAAUGAUCACGAAGGCAUUUGUCAUCGGCCGAUUAUUUUCCAGUCAGAUCCUGACACCUGCUCAACUCCAUGUCCGGAUUCCUUUUGCUAUCAGUUUUAA